AUGGGUCUGCUUGACAAGCUGUCUGUGUGGCUGGGCGGUGGGCGCGUGGAAGCCUCGGUGCUGGUUCUGGGACUGGACAAUAGUGGCAAGAGCUCGCUGCUGCACGCGCUGCGAAGUGCUGACCAACGCCCGCAGCACGACGCCGACUACUUUACGAUGGUGGCACGCGAGGAGCUGCAGCUAGCGCUGGCGCACCCCGAGCUACGCGCGCGCCGCGUGCCGCUGCUCGUGCUCGCCAACAAGAGCGACGACCCGCACGCGCUGCCCGCCGCGCAUGUCGCCGCAGCACUGGGCUUGGAGCGCAUCAGCGACAAGCCGUGGCACGUGUGCGCGACGAGCGCGGUAUCGGGCGGCGAGCUGGCUGGCGGCGUGGCGUGGCUCGCGCGACAGUUGCGCGACGCGGCGUUGCAGCAGCGUCGCUGA